AUGUCUGACAAACGGGAGAGCGUCUCUCCGCCUACCGAAGAGGCUGAGAAGUCGUCUCGGAAAAGAAAGGCGUCAGAUAACUCCGCGUCUGAAAGCCUCGACCCCGACGAACUGGUGCCAGUUUAUCUCCGCAUGCGGCCCUCUGACGGUGAGGAACGCUUUGUAAAUGCUGUCAACGAUAAGAUGGUGGAGGUCUCCAGUGCGGAGGCAGCACGGGUAACAAAAGUCAAGCUUGCAAAGACGGAAAACUACAUGUUCUCGAAAGUAUACGGCGAAAAAACGACCCAGGCCGACCUUUUUGCGGAAGUUGUAGGACCGAUGGUUGACAGCGUUUUCAAGCCAGGGGGCUACACCGGAGUGGUAUUGGCGUAUGGAGCAUCCAACAGUGGAAAGACGUUCACGGUCAAUGGGACUAGCGAGAACCCGGGGUUGCUUGUGCGAACCAUCGACUCAGUGCUGCAACGGAUCGGUACGGCGCUAUGUAGGAAGGAGAUUAAACCGGCCCGGUGGAACGACGUCAAGACGCUGUCGCACGGGAUCAUCGAGACAGCGAAGAACACGAUCCUGGGCGGGAAGGCGGAGUUCUGCCUCUUUCUAUCGUUUGCUGAGGUUUAUAUGGAACAAAUAUAUGAUCUGUACAGCGAGCCGGCGGAGAAGGUGGCCGGUAGCGGAAAGGAGGCAGUAUUUAAAAACAAAGCUGACAGUACGCGGCGAGUGGCACAAACGAAGGAAGAUGCGAACGGCCGAAAGUAUCUGUACGCACAAAACGAGGUCCGCAUCCGCAACAAAGCGGAAGCCGAACAAGCCAUUGCGAGGAUGCUCGAAAGCCGGCAAAACGUAUCCACCAAUAUGAAUAGUGCAAGCUCGCGGUCACAUCUAAUUGCGGUGGUGAAGGUUUUGCGGGUGCCACUGUCGGAAAGCGGAAGUCCUCAGCUCGAGAAUAUCGAAACGAGUCGCAUAUCAAUAGUUGAUCUUGCUGGUUCGGAACGGUUGGGAAUCUCCGGAGUCGAGGGCAAGGCUCACGGAGAGACGAAGAAGAUUCAUCAAGGUUUACAUGCUCUCGCAAACUGUAUCGAAAUCAUGAGGCAAAACCACGCACGGACUGGAAAGAAGUCCCACAUUCCAUGGCGCGAUAGCAAAUUGACGAUGCUUUUGCAGCCUUACUUUGAGGCCGGACAACCAGCUUUCAUAAUUAAUGUCAAUCCCUCGAUGAUCUAUCGGCGAGUAACGCUAGAGGUGUUCAGGUUUGCACAAAGAGCAGGCGCUCUGCGAAGCGAGCAAGCCAUCGCACCAUCGCAAGCGAACAGCCAGGUUACGGAGUUGAUGAAUCAGAUCGAGGUCUUGCGCCAACAACUUUACGAGCAGCAGCUCAAACUUGUGGAGCAAGAAAUGGAGAUUCGAGAGUCCUGCGCUAAAGACAUGAGCCGACGGCUACAUGAGAUCGAAGUGAAAUACCAGGAUCGCCGACAGCAGGCAGAGCUCUUCGAAGCGGAAAGACUUGAGAAGAAGCUGGAUAUGGCAUCAGCUAUGUUCAAAGAGCAGAUACAGAAGCUGCAAAGGCGGAUUGCGGAGCAAUCAUCUUUGAUCGAGAAACAGCGAAAGCAGAUCGAGGGAAACUUAACGCAGGACACCGUCACUCAGGUGCUGCAGCAACAGAUAAGCUCCCUUCAUGACGAGUUGAAUGAGCAGGCGAAGAAAUUGGACAAGGAGCGGAAGGAGAAGCUCGCAUUACAGGAAGAAGUGGAAAGGCUUCGACUGAACGCAACUUCUAAUGUUCAACCAGAAGUAGCUGAGACUCGACGAAAUUGCGAAGCUGAGGCUGCAGAAAUGGCUUCCCGAAGUCGCGACGAGGAACGGCGGAUACAGGAUGAAAGGCAACUGGAUCUCAAGGCAACGAUUGCGAACCAAGCGGCUCUGAUCGAACAACUACAGAACGACGUCCGACGACUGAGCAAGCCGAAGCGCUCCAAGAAGAGUAGCAACACCUCCCAGACGAAGAAAGGUGGCGCGCCGGACGAUACCCCACCCCCAGUUUCCGCGCCCGACCCGCCAAUGGGGAGCGAUAUGAGGCCCACCUCCAGUGUUGAAGACCAAGUGAUUCCUCCUGACGGGAACGCUUCUCUGCAUGACUCCCCCAUUGAGGAAGAGCUGGAUAAGGAGAAUGAGAAGACUGGGUCCACCCAGAGCCAAGAAGAGUUGGCAGCAUCUCAAUCCGGACGCGGAACAGGAAGUAACCCUGAUUUGGGAAACGAGCCAAGCACGGAGCCGAAACAGCCAGAUGUAGACGUCAAAUUGGAGGCGCCGGUGAAGAAAACGAGACGGCUGAAGGGCAAGAAAGCCGUUGCAAUCGAUGAUGUGGAAACUCCGGCACGACGAAAGUCACAGAAGCGAUACUCUUCCAUAGUCCAUAACUUGACACAAAGGGGCUAAUCCGACCUUUUCGAGCUGGCAUCGGCUGAACUCCAAACACAUGUAAAUACAACCAUUGCAUAACCGCCUAACUGUACAGCUAUGAUUUUCUGCCUAGCGAGCCUUAUGAAACUCAUGAAAUCGAUGUUUCCGGACGGUCCCUUGGAUGUUCUGACCCAUUCUUGAAAAAACGACGGUCCGCUUGAGAACGGGGUGCAGUCGCAAGCAGACCGUUGUCGCACAUAUGGGUCAGACGUAUAGAAAGAGUUGCUCUUCCGCAGCUUAGUAGCCAGCAUUACAUCGCCUCCAAAUGGAGACUUAAAUGCAGGUUAAUUGACCACGGGUUUCGUAAAGUUGUGCCGACGAUGGGUAGGGCCGUUUCCGUUGG